CGGGUGUGAUCCGAGCGGCCUCGCCUCACCGCCUAGCGCCCCCCUCAGCCGCCGCCGCCUCCGUCCGCCGGCCAUGUCUCCGGGCCGCCGCCGCCGCUCGAGCGCCGAGCUCCCGCGGCCCGGCACGCACUGAGCGCGGGCCCGUCCUCCGGUUCGCCCGCCCCGGGCCCCUUGUUCUCCGCGCCGCCGCCGCCGCCGCCAUGUUGGGUUUAGAGCCGCAGCGGAGCCGCCGCCGCCGCCGCGGGUGAGGGAGGCCGAGAGCGGAGCCCGCCCCGCCCCGGGGCCCAGGGAGCGGGGCCGCUUCAGAGCCCGGCCUCUCCCCGCCAGCUGCCUCCCAGGCCCGCCCGUCCUCCGUGCCAGCCGGCGGGCGAGCGCAGGACCCCGGCCGCGCCUUCCGCUCCCGGCCCGAGCGAGCCCGCCGCUGCCGGGCCCGGCCGCAGCCUGCAGGGGAGCCCACGAGAAUCAGCGCCAUGGCGGAGCAGACCUACUCGUGGGCCUAUUCCCUGGUGGAUUCCAGUCAAGUGUCUACAUUUCUGAUUUCCAUUCUUCUUAUAGUCUAUGGUAGUUUCAGGUCCCUUAAUAUGGACUUUGAAAAUCAAGAUAAGGAGAAAGACAAUAAUAGUUCUUCUGGGUCUUUCAAUGGCAACAGCACCAAUAAUAGCAUCCAAACAAUUGACUCUACCCAGGCUCUCUUCCUUCCAAUUGGAGCAUCUGUCUCUCUUCUAGUAAUGUUCUUCUUCUUUGACUCAGUUCAAGUAGUUUUUACAAUAUGUACAGCAGUUCUUGCAACGAUAGCUUUUGCUUUUCUUCUUCUCCCGAUGUGCCAGUAUUUAACAAGACCCUGUUCACCUCAGAACAAGAUUUCCUUUGGUUGCUGUGGGCGUUUCACUGCUGCUGAGUUACUGUCAUUCUCUCUGUCUGUCAUGCUUGUCCUCAUCUGGGUUCUCACUGGCCAUUGGCUUCUCAUGGAUGCACUUGCCAUGGGUCUCUGUGUCGCCAUGAUUGCCUUUGUCCGCCUGCCGAGCCUCAAGGUCUCCUGCCUGCUUCUCUCAGGGCUUCUGAUCUAUGAUGUCUUUUGGGUAUUUUUCUCAGCCUACAUCUUCAACAGCAACGUCAUGGUGAAGGUGGCCACGCAGCCGGCUGACAAUCCCCUUGAUGUUCUAUCCCGGAAGCUCCACCUGGGGCCCAACGUUGGGCGUGAUGUUCCUCGCCUGUCUCUGCCUGGAAAACUGGUCUUCCCGAGCUCCACCGGCAGUCACUUCUCCAUGUUGGGCAUUGGAGACAUUGUGAUGCCUGGUCUCCUGCUGUGCUUUGUCCUUCGCUAUGACAACUACAAAAAGCAAGCCAGCGGGGACUCCUGUGGUGCCUCCGGACCCGCCAACAUCUCUGGGCGCAUGCAGAAGGUCUCCUACUUCCACUGCACCCUCAUCGGGUACUUUGUAGGUCUGCUCACGGCUACCGUGGCCUCGCGCAUUCACCGCGCCGCCCAGCCUGCCCUUCUCUAUUUGGUGCCAUUUACCUUAUUGCCACUCCUCACAAUGGCCUAUUUAAAGGGUGACCUCCGGCGGAUGUGGUCCGAGCCGUUCCACUCCAAGGCCAGCAGCUCGCGCUUCCUGGAAGUAUGAUGGAUCCCACGGAAAGUGACCAGAGUGGCCAUCGUAGUCCUUUCUCUCAACUCGUGGUUUUGUUUCCUCUUAGAGCUGGCCUGGUACUCAGAGACGUACCUGUGUAAGGGACUGCGUGUGACUGGAUUUUGCGUUUAAAGGGAGCUCGUUUGCAGGAGGGAGGUGCCGGAGCCCAGUUCGGUUCCUGCUCUUCUUGCGGCUGUAGACGCGGAGCCUCUUCCAGGAGGGACAGCUCUCCCCAGCGCUCCUUCCUCCCCGGUUUUUACGGAUCUGCCCCAGACUGUCUGCACCAGACUGUCACCUUGCGGGGGAGAUGGAGAUUUGACUGUUUAAAAACUGAAAACGGCAAGGAGUCGUUCUAGAACUUUUGAACACUAAAAGGAUCUAAAAAAAUUAGCAAACCGAAGUUUCUUCAAUGAACCCUCGAGAACUUUGGGACCAGUUUCCUGUGGGGGACUCAGUUUCAGAGAACUGGGACAGAAGCUCUUCUGUCGUUAUAUUCUUCUUUCCUUUUUUUGGAUUUAUUAAAUAUUUUCUGUGGUGUGAAGUGACUUAUUAAAUCCACAGACAUUGAGUGACUUCUUACAACAUCCGCAUCAGAAUCUGUUGUAAUGAGUUCAUGUCCACCCCGCUGUCGUGUUGGCAGUGAACAAGGGCAUGGUUUUAUACAUACGUACAUAUAUGCACACACACACACACACAUAGGUAUCUAUGAAUAAACAAAUUAAAACCUGCUAA